AUGUUUAGUGAUGCAACAGUCUCAACGGAUGGGAAAUAUUUGAUCAUUUCUAUGGAUGGCGGCGCUGCAGAGUCCAACUAUUUGUACUACUAUGAGUUGUCCAGUUUCAAACCCGCUCUUGGAAGAAUUGUUCCCAAGCCGCUAUUUGAUAGGCUCGAUGCAAAAUACACAUAUAUUGACAACGACGAUGACACUAUGAUCAUUCUCACGAACAAGGACGCGCCAAACUUCAAGUUAAUCAGAAUUUCUCUAAAAAACCGUUCUAUCUCGGACUUGGUGCCAGAGAGUAAAAGAAGGAUAUUGGAUGACGCCGUAGCAGUUGCGGGCCAACUUCUACUCGUAGCAUACAUUGCAAAUCAUGUCUUACAAGUUCAUGAUUUGAGAAGCGGAUCCCUACUAUUCAGCCUGCCUCCUCGAGGGGGAACAGUCAAGGAGAUAUCGGCAAAGAAAAGCAGCAGUGAAGUGUUUAUCAGCUUCGAAUCUUUCAUUGAACCCAAGACUGUUUAUCGCAUUGAUCUUGCUUCACGCAAGGGAAAGCAUAUUCCAGCAUUGGAAGAGAUAUGGCGAAGUCAGUUCAAUGGACUGGAUAAGGAUGACUUCAUGGUGCAACAAGUAUUCUACAGAAGCAAAGAUUCAACUAGGGUACCUAUGUACAUCAUCUCGGAAAAGAAUUUGACAAGAAAUGGUAACAUGCCAGUUUUACUGAGAGGUUACGGAGGUAAGAAACUUGAACUGUCGAACCAUAUUUUGUUAUAUAUCGUCUCCGUGAGCAAAGUAGCACAUGGAGCUGGUAGAAGGAAGUAG